AUGGUUGGAAGACAGACGCUGCGAAUGGACGGCGGCUCUUGUUCUGGGACGGUGGCGGACGACAGUCCCGCGUCCAGCCCCAGCUCCAGCCCCAGCCAGAGCCCGGACGGCCGUCGGCGGGAGCUGCAGCGGGCCCGGCUGCUGCAGAGCGCCGGGCUCGGCGGAAGAGGACGCCCGGCGGCGGCGAACGCGGCGCGGGAGCGGAGCCGCGUGCAGACGCUGCGCACCGCCUUCCUGGAGCUGCAGAGGACUUUGCCGUCGGUGCCGCCGGACACCAAGCUGUCCAAACUCGACGUGUUGAUACUGGCCACCACUUACAUUGCCCAUUUGACUCGAACACUGCAGGAGGAAGGCGCGGAGGAGGGAGAGAGCACAAAACAAACAGAGGCGUUAAACUCACUCAAAGGUGACGGAUACCUGCACCCAGUCAAGAAAUGGCCAAUGCGGUCCAGGCUGUACGUGGGCGCGUCCGGACAGUUCUUGAACACCACGAAAGCUUCAGAGUCUGAGAACCAAGGCCCGUCCUCGUCCAAGUCCUCGUCCAAGUCCUCGUCCCAGUAACAAGGAUUCACUCAUUUGUAGGGGAAGAAAAAUCAUCAUCACUUCAUCAUCACAUCUGUGCAUGAGUUCAUGCUCCUUUGACUGUUGUUUACGCAGCAGAAUGUUGUCUUACACCUGUACAGAACCUCUGCCGUUAUACAGGGACACAUUGUAAAUUAAUAUAUUAAUUUUAUUGUAUAAAGUUGUUGUUUUGGCUCGUGUGUGUUGUUGGUGUGCAGCAGCAGCAGCAGCAGCUCCGUACAUGUUAUAAGUAUAAGUGUAGAAAUUCCACGGGGCUAACGAGUCCGUCAUGCUUGAGGUGCCGCACUUUGAGUUGAAACAUUUGCACUAAAUGCAUGUGUGAAUACGUGAACAUCCGUCAUGUGAAGUGUUCUGUCAGGGAGAGUCUACAAUGGGAGACUCUUCAUCUCACGUUCCUCCGUAUUUUCUUUUUUUUCAUGCAUGGCUGUAAAUGUGUUUGUGAAUAAAUGACGUCGGUGAAAGAAGACGAGAGUCCUUAAGGUUUUUUUUUGUUUUGUUAAAUAAAUAAAAGCUAUAUUAAAAAAAGUCCCAUAAUCAAUUAAACCUGAAACUAAAUAACAUAGUUACAUUUAAGUUAUUUAAACUAUCAUUAUAGUUGUUUUGGAUGUAUUCUGUGUCUUAAUUUUCUUUUUAAAGAUUUUAUA